GAAAAAGAAGAAGAAGAAGAAAGAAAGACCAAAAAAGAGGGUUACGCACUCAAAUGACGUUUCACAAAGCGACGGAGAAUACUAGAAGGACCCUGCUCUAUGUAACCGCAUACUCUCAACUUCGGUUACAGUUACAGACAGAAGGGAGGUUUUGUGGAUACUGCUAAGCAUUUAUUGGUAUACGAUUUUACAUAUUAAGCAGGUGCGUAACUUAAAUCUUGUCUGAAAACAAAUGUUUCCCGAUAUUGUCACACUGAAUAUAACGGGCAGUGCUCUUUUUGUUUCAUAAGGAGAUGUCGUGUUUAGGUGGUGAUCCCAACUUCUGCCAAGAAUGUGGGAAUGUUCUUCCUCUUCCAGGAAUACAGGACACCGUUUAUUGCCUUCGCUGCUCCUUCUUCAUUCCCGUAGCAGAGUUUUCAGGUCUAGAGAUCCAGUCUACAGUCACCUUUAACCUUGUGGAGCAGUCAUCAGUGGCUCUGAAUGAAGAUGAGGAAGCUGAGCUGAAGGGACCUGUGAUUGACAGACGGUGCUCUCAUUGCAAUAAAGAGGGAAUGGUUUACCACACCAGGCAGAUGAGAUCUGCAGAUGAAGGACAAACUGUCUUCUUUUCCUGUAUACACUGCAGGUAUCAAGAGAAGGAGGACUCCUGAGAGAAAUCUGCUUCACCUUGUCCACUCCUCCCCAUGUCUGCUUGUGUUGGGUUCAGAUUUACUCAUUUUAAUAGGUCCUUUACAGCUAGGUUUUACUGUGAGGAUGUGGACUGCAAAGCAUAUCAGUGACUGUGCCUUCCUGAGCUCGAGUUAUUCUUACUAGUGCACAUACCUCUGCCAAGAGCCAUCAGCCACUAGCUCUUGAGUCUACACAAAUUGUAAUGGUUUCCAUCUUGGUUUGCAUAUGCCUGCUGACAAUCAAACAAAUAAAUAAAUGGACAGGACUAAAAAUGUAAUCUUCUUUGCAGAGGUAAUUAUUAGCAUUCACACAGUUAAAUUUGAUAAUCUCCACUCAGAUUAUUAUUCACUUAAUAGCUUUUUUUCUAAAUCUUUCGUUUGGAUUUCUGGGUUGUCAUCACUGAAGUUUUAUGUUUUCAUGGAAAAAGUUUAGCUCAGUUGUAAUUGAUGAUGAAUGCUGUGAGAUUCAUUUGAAAGGCAAGUUUCAUUUAUAAUAUAAAAUAAAAUGUAAUUAAAACUG